AUGGAAAUCCCUAAUGCUGUUAAGAUGUUGAUCUGGAGGGCUUGUCAUGAUUCUUUGCCUACUAAUCAGAACCUUUUCAAGAGGGAGAUUGUUGAAUCACCACUUUGUACAGUGUGUAAAACAGAUCCAGAAACAGUCUCUCAUGCUUUGUGGUCAUGUAUUUCAGUUCAAGAUGUUUGGGGAUCUUGUUCAAAGAGGCUGCGAAAGGUAGUGGUUAUGGAGAAAUCUUUCAAAGAGAUUCUAUCUUACAUAUUCUCAGUAAAUGAAGAUGAAGUUGCAGAUUUUGCUGCAAUUGUUUAUCAGUUUUGGAGGAGAAGAAACAGUCUGGUCUUUGAGGAGAAAUUCUUGGCCCCAGAAAUAGUAGUGCAGCUGGCUCAUCAAGCUGUCCUUAAUUACAAGGAAGCUGUUUAG